AUGUCGGCUGCAGCAGCGCAACAAGCUAUCACCCAAGGGGCUCUCGACGCCAUCUUCAGCGACCCAGACCAUGUCGAGCAGCUCUUCCCAGUUCCUGUCUUACAAUGCCUACAAAUAAAGCCCCUCGCCCCACAGCAAGGCCCUUCCGGCCAACCUGAACGCUACCGUGUAGUCUUAAGUGAUAUACGCAAUUAUGUCCAAUGCAUGUUGGCAACACAGGCCAACCAUGUAAUCCACGAUAACUCCCUCGUCCGCGGAGCUCUGGUUCGGAUUAAGUCGUAUCAAGCAAAUGCAGUCAAGGGAAAGAACAUUCUAAUUAUCCUCGACCUUGAAGUCGCUACUGAGCUCGGUGUGCACGACCGGAUCGGCGAACCCCAGGCAUUCGAAGCCAAGCCACAAGCCGCUAAUACUACUGCAGCCAUAGGCGCAUCGAAUUUCUACGGCGUAAAGACAGAGUCUUCGGCACCGGUCAAGUCGGAACCUGUAUCGUCACGCAUGGGCGGAGUUACAAGCACAUCUCACGGCAAUGGGAACAAUGUCAUCUACCCUAUCGAGGCUCUUUCGCCCUAUGCGCACAAGUGGACUAUCAAGGCUCGUGUAACACAGAAGUCCGACAUUAAGACCUGGCAUAAGGCUUCUGGCGAGGGUAAAUUGUUCUCUGUCAAUCUUCUGGACCAAAGUGGCGAAAUAAAGGCGACCGCUUUCAACGAGCAAUGUGACCAAUUUUACGAUUUAUUACAAGAGGGACAGGUCUACUAUAUUAGCAACCCCUGCCGUGUUUCUCUCGCAAAGAAGCAAUUCACUAAUCUCCCCAACGACUAUGAACUCGCCUUUGAGCGGGAUACUGUCAUCGAGAAAGCCGAGGAUCAGGCCAGUGUGCCCCAAGCCCGCUUUAAUUUCGUCAACAUCGAAGAGCUCCAGAAUGUAGAAAAAGAUGCUACCGUUGAUGUUAUCGGUGUUCUGAAGGAAGUUGGCGAGGUCUCUUCGAUCACUUCCAAGAAUACCGGCAAGCCGUUUGAUAAGCGCGAAUUGACUUUGGUUGACGACACUUCAUACUCCGUACGCCUUACGAUAUGGGGUAAGACCGCUACUACAUUUAACACUCAACCAGAAUCUAUCGUUGCGUUCAAAGGAGUAAAGGUAUCUGACUUCGGUGGUCGAUCUCUUUCUCUUCUUUCCUCCGGCAGCAUGAAUGUUGACCCCGAUAUCGAAGAGGCCCACCGUCUCAAGGGUUGGUACGACUCCCAAGGCCGUACCGACAACUUUGCCACCCACAAUAACAUGGCAUCUAUGGGCUCCGCCACAGGCCGUGUUGACCAGGCGAAGGUCAUUUCCCAGGUAAAGGACGAGGGUCUCGGAACGGAAACUACGGACUACUUCAAUCUAAAAGCCACGAUUGUCUAUAUCAAGCAGGAUAAUUUCGCGUAUCCUGCGUGUAGCAACGAACAAUGCAACAAGAAGGUAAUCGAUCAAGGCGACGGCACAUGGCGGUGUGAGAAGUGUGACGUCUCCCACCCGCGGCCACAGUACAGAUACAUCAUGAGUGUAAAUGUAAACGACCACACCGGCCAGCUCUGGCUAUCAUGCUUCGACGACGUCGGGCGCGUCAUCAUGGGCAUGUCAGCCGACGAGUUGAUGGAGAUCAAAGAAAACGACGAGGACCGAUUCCCUGCCAUAUUCGAAGCGGCCAACUGCACCAAGCUUCAUUUCAGAUGCCGGGCCAAGACGGAUACGUACGGCGAAAACUCGCGAGUACGCUACCAGGUGAUGGGCGCCAACCAGCUGGACUUCCGAACUGAGGCCCUCAAGCUAUCUGACAUGAUCAAACAAUUUGGUAUUAGCUCGUAA